ACUCUCAUUCAUAUUCCUUUUCCUCUACUAUUGUUAUUAUGUGUUUUCACGUGCUUUCUUCUUCUUAAUCAUGUUUUUCUGUUUUUCAUGUAUUAGACUAGGGGCUUGUUUUGUUUUGCUUACUUAUAUGUCUAUAUGAAUGUUUUCUUAGGGUUUAUAUAUGAUGGUUUCGUUCGUCUAUAGGAGAGUGUUUUGUGGCCCAUUCAAAGUUGUGAUUGUGGGGAGUUGGGGUUACUUUGUUUGUUUGAUUUUAUGUAUUUCUGUUGUUCUAGGGAGCUUUAGCAUGUGCAGUUCGUGUUUGCCUUGCAUUCUAGCCUAAGCUAGAUUCAUUCUCGUUGACGGCAUACGAAUUUUGAAGCUUCUGUGAGAUUUAUAGAUUUUGAAUGCUGGGAAAUGGUUUGGAUAUGUUGAUAUGACCGGAUGAAACCCAUUUCCAACUCGCUGGACUUGUCUUCUUCAACUCUUUUGAUUUUCAUGAUUUGGCUAAUAAGAAGAUUAGCUAUAGAUGCCAGUGUUUCUGACUUUGUAGCUUGCUAUGGAACUUUAUUCAUAACUUCUAUAUAAGAUUGUGACUUAAACACCUUUUGGAUUGCAUUGGCUCUUUUUUUUUGGAUGGUUUUUAUGAUUUCUGUUAAAAGGGGCAUGUGUUUGAGUUGUACUACAUAUGUUUUUACAGUGGUGGCAGUCGUGGAAUGGAUGUGUAUAAUGUUCCUGAACAUGGAAAUGCAGAUGCUUACCUGAUUCAAGGCACUACUGACCCAAAUUCACAAUUAACCAAUCCCCUUCUUGAACCACUUGAAGUUAUGUAUAACGAAGGUGCCCCAGAGUUUGUUAUUGAUCAGGGCAUGUAUUAUCCUUCUGCUACCAAUUAUGGCUAUAUUUGUACAGGGUUGGAAUCACCUGGUGAUUGGGAUGACCACCAUAGAGUUUUUGGUGUGGAUGGUCAAAAUAUUCAGUUCAUAGGCACUCAAACAGAAAGUUUGCCUUAUGUGUAUUAUACACCUAGCUAUGGAUAUGCACAGUCUCCAUAUAACCCAUACAAUCCUUACAUUCCUGGUGCCAUGAUAGGAGCUGAUGGCUCGUAUGUGGGGACACAACAGUACUACAUGCCCUCUUAUGAAAAUGGUGCUACUUCACCAGCUUACUUUCCCAUGGUUGUUCAAUCUGGACCAGACACUUUCACAAGUGGUACGACAGACCAAUUCAUGGAUAUGGCUGCAUCUACUGCUAAUAGGGUUGAUGCAUCAGGUCUCAAUCGUAACUCAUUGUCAGCAGCUGCAACAUUUACCUUGAAUCCAGGAAGGGUUGCUUCAAAUCAUUCAAAUGCUUUUGGCAAAGUUUCCGAAGGCUUUAAAAGUAAUGGUGGAACAAACAAGUUACCUACGAGCAAUAGUAGUGUCACUUCCAACAGUGUUUCAGGUCCGCUGCCAUCAUUAAAUCUCCAGGGUCGGGGUGCUCAAGCUAUUGAUAAUCUUUCAAAUGGGAAAACUGUGUCUAAUCAUAACCAGCUAAAAGUUGCUCUUCCUUCUAGCAAUGGCAUGUCAAAUUUUGGUUCAAGCGGAAAUGGGCGGGUGGUAGUUGAUAAGGCCCGAUCCAAGUUAUCUUUUAGUAAAAUCACAAAUGAUGUAAAUGGAAACCCCAAUGCCUUGACUGAACAGAAUCGUGGUCCUAGAACCAGCACAUCAAAUACUCGGUUGACAGUUAAAGCCUACUCAACCAGGGCUGGAAAUAGUGAUGCGCAAGGAAACAUUAUAAUUUGCAUGGAUGACUAUAACAAAGAUGAUUUUCCUGGUGAAUAUGUAAAUGCAAAGUUCUUUGUUAUAAAAUCAUACAGUGAAGAUGAUGUUCAUAAGAGCAUCAAGUAUAAUGUAUGGUCAUCUACACCUAAUGGAAACAAGAAGUUGAAUAGUGCCUAUGAAGAAGCCCAGAAAAUAUCAGUAGGAGACUCCAAAGGCUGUCCUAUCUUCCUCUUUUUCUCUGUUAAUGCAAGUGGGCAGUUUUGUGGUGUUGCUGAGAUGACUGGCCAUGUAGAUUUCCAUAAGGAUAUGGAUUUCUGGCAGCAAGACAAAUGGAGUGGGAGUUUCCCAGUGAAGUGGCAUAUAAUAAAAGAUGUGCCAAAUCCCCACUUUCGUCACAUCAUAUUAGAGAACAAUGAGCAUAAACCAGUAACAAAUAGCCGUGAUACGCAAGAGAUAAAAUACAAAAAAGGUGUAGAAAUGUUGAAAGUAUUCAAGAACUAUGCAUCAAAGACGUCUUUACUUGAUGAUUUCAUGUAUUAUGAGAAUCGGCAAAAACUAUUGCAGGAAGAGAAAGCGAGGCUACUAAUGAAGAGUUAUGGUACCCCAGUAUUUGUGCCUGUUCUACACCCUCCUCGCAAGCUUAAUAAUUUCUUUGGUUUGGCCUCGAGUGGAGACAGCAAGGAUGACAAUGAUAUAAAUACUUGUUCAGACGGUAAAGUAGCGGUUGCUUCAGAAAAGCAAAACAUGUUUAAUGUUGAAAAUAACGAGGAUAGACGACAAGUAGUGGUUGAUGGAAAGCCAACGGAAGAAGAUAAUGAUGAUGUUUUACGUUUUCGUUCGCUCGCUAUAAGCCCAGAGCGGAUAGAACCGAAGCCAGUGGAGAGUAGUAAUGUUUUGACGGUUGGGUCGAUGCCAGUGAAAGUGAACGGGUUUGACGAGUCUUGUGGUUUUCUAACCGUGGGGACAAUCCCGCUUGAUCCCAAGGCUCUCAAGGGUGGUAAUUCAAAAAAGAUGGGCUAAAAAUGGUGGUUGUAUAAUUUUUCAGGUGAGGGUGAAGAUGGUAAUGGGAAGGAGGGAAAGUUGAAUUGUAUUUUGGGUUAAAUUGUGUUUUGGGGGUGAUACAGAUAAAGUGUGUAAACCUUUGCCUUUUUUUGUUCUUGAGUUGUCAUCAAGAUAUACAGACCUUUUUUUGUUCUUUUGGCUGUUGCUUUUUUACUAAUUGAGUAUUGCUCUUAGCUCACUC